AUGUGGAUAGUGUGGGAGGUGGUCAUGUCAUAUUCAGACGGAAAUGGUCUCGGUCAGUCAGACAGCUGCACAACAGCAGUCAGCGUGAUCUGCCCUUACCUACGUUACGUGGUCAUACUAUUUUAGCCGGUCACACUCCGCUGUGAUUUCACUACCACAUAUAAAAACCAACCACUGAUCACCUGGAAAUACAAGUCCUACUGCAGAGACCCGAUACAAGCUGCAUUAAACCCCAGUAGUGCUGACAAUGCCAUCGCUCAGUCCAACCCAAACUACAACCCCAACAUAGAGUGUUCAGACAGUGCCAGGACCGAUGUUGUUGUGGUGCAUGCUGGAAUCGAGCCCUGGCAGAGUGUUGCAGAACUGACAGACGUUGUUUAUUUAUUUAUUUUUUUCUUUUCUUGUUCCCCAGACUGGUUAUUAGUGGUGUUGGUGGUCCUGGGCUUGCUGUUGUUGCUCCUGAUUGGUAUCUGCUGGUGUCAGAGUUGCCCUCACACCUGCUGCUGUUACGUUAGCUGCCCCUGCUGCCCGGAGUGCUGCUGCUGUCCCCACGCAUUGUAUGAGGCUGGUAAAAUGGUAAAGUCUGGCAUCCCCAGUCAGUAUGCACACACUGUCUAUGCCCCAAGCAUGUAUGGCCAGACAGCUUAUGGAGUUGGUGGAGCUGCACCAGGCGUACCCAUGCUUGCUAUGACGAUGGGCGUUGCUGGUCCUCCCUUCAAUGGCUAUGGCAGAGACUUUGAUAGAGCCAGUCCAAUUGGUGCAGGAUCUGAAGUGCCGCUCCUGCAAGACCACGCUGGUCCAGGAAACCGUAGUGGAUACUGUGUUCAGGCCGACCAAGAUGGAAACCCAACUCAGGUGCUUUACUGUAUGGAGCGAGAGCCGGCCAACCUUGACCCCAGUCACCCAGUGAACACUUCAGGCAAAUACAGUCGUUUGGAUGGUAUGAGCGAGGUGAGCUCCAUGGAAAAUUUGAACGAUAUCAGUCGCAAUUACGGAGACAGAGAUGACUAUCUGCCAGCACGCCAAAAUGGUGGGGCUAGAGGCGGCAGAAGAGGUUCGGAUGACGAGUGGAGCAGCAGUGGACGAGGAUACGACCGUGUCUUUGAUGACCGUCUGCGCCGUGAUUACUCUCCUGAUGCUCAUCCUCAGCGUGGAGACUCCUUCUGUGGGGCUGGUUUUCAGGGCUGGUGCAGCCAUAGACAGCGAAAGUAA